GUGUCGAGUAAAAUUACGAACUAUAAUCUUUUGGUUGACUUGAGAAAGUACAAUGUCACUCUGUCUUAGGGCUUUUCACCAUCGCUCACUCUCCCACUGUUCGGCCAUUCCUCCGCACCCGCCAUCUCUCCGCCGUUAGCAAUGGGUGGGAACGGCCGGAAGAGGCCGCAUAACGGCCGCUCUCGGUCUCCAUCCUCGAGGGUCCUCCCCUUCAAGAAGCCCCAAUUCGCUACCCCUCCUUCCUCAAAAUCGCCACCUCCUCGAAGAGCUCCGGACCGACAACCGGGCGCUCCCAACUCUAACCCUAGCCGCCCGGGCUUCGCCUCGUACCUCGACCCCCCCAAUUUGCCCCCGAAGAUCAAAAUACUGUGUGAGAUCAUCGCCACCACCCACUCACUCUCCGUCGAGAGGGUCCUCGACCACUCGAUCUCGGGGCUGCCGGUCACCCAGGAGGACGUCGAGCAGGUCCUCAAGCUCUCCUACGGGUUCCCAGGCUCCGCAGUUAAAUUCUUCCGGUGGUCCGCUCGGCUCCUCUGUGGUGACCAUAGCCCCUACGCCUGGAACCUCGUCGUCGAUAUGUUGGGUAAGAAUGAAUUGUUCGAUGCGAUGUGGGAUGCCAUCAAGUCCAUGCAUAAAGAACGGUUGCUAUCCUUAGCCACACUCGCCUCCGUGUUUAGCAGUUAUGUGAUUGCCGGUAGGGUCCAUGAGGCGAUCAUGACCUUCGAUGUUAUGGACCAGUACGGCGUGCCCCGGGAUAUCGUUGCCUUGAACUCGUUGCUGAGCGCAAUCUGUCGGGAAGGGAAGGUUGUGGACGCUGUGGAGUUCCUGCAGAUCGAAAAGCAAAGGAUCAGGCCCGACCCUGACAGUUACGCCAUAUUGCUCGAGGGGUGUGAGAAGGAAGGGAACACCGGUGUUGCGAAGUUGGUUUUCUCAGAUAUGGUGGCAGAAAUCGGUUGGGAUCCCAGCAAUCUUCCUGCCUACAACUCACUGUUGUGUACUCUAAUAAGGGGUCCUGACGGGGUCCGUGAGGCGGUGAAGUACUUCGAGACAAUGGGGGAGCAUCGGUGUUAUCCCAGCAUGAAGUUUUUCAGAGAAGCAUUAGAUGAUUGCCUUAAAAGGUCUGAUUCCAAGGGGGCUGAGUUCUUUUGGGGGGCAAUGAUGGAGAAAGUCAGGUUGAGGCCUGAUACGGAGAUGUAUAAUUUGAUGAUUGCGAUGUAUUGCCACCAAAAUGAGAUUGAAUUGGCAAAGAGGUUAUUGGAUGAGAUGAUAUGCAAUGGAGCAUUCCCGGAUGAUCAAACUUAUAAUGUUCUGCUUGAGUUCUUGAUCAAAUGCAGGAAGUUAGUUGAUGCUUCGAUCAUAUUCUCCGAGAUGAUCAAGAACGAGUGUUCACCGAGCUUGGAUAACUGUCAGGAAGCAAUCAGAGUUUUCCUGGAUACGGAAAACUCCACGGUGGCUCUGAAAGUCUGGAAAUGGACAGUCGAGAAUUACAAGGAAGAGCUGGAAGACACUGCGAAUUUGUUGAUAGUCGGGCUCCGGGACAUGGACAGGCUCCCUGAGGCAGUAAAGUAUGCCAAGGAUAUCAUCGACAGGAAAAUCAAGCUCAACUCUUCGACCCUGUCCAAGUUGAAAGAGAGCCUCACCAAGGCGGGAAAGGAUCAGGUGUACGAUGAGAUUCUGUGGAAGUGGAAGUUUCGAUAGGUCGGUCAGAGCUGUGAACUUGGAUGGACCAACAAAUGGGUGUCGAUGCUCAUAUUAAAGGAUGGAUCUUUUGAAUGUAAAGUACACAUCUUAUACGAAAUUCGAUUUCACUGUUGGAUCUCUCUCAAAUGUAGCGAUCCAUUGGGACAUUGUGGCAUUGCUGACACUCGCAAUCCCUUGAUAACUAUUUCUAUGGACAUAUAAUAGACUGCAGGAUUGUUUCAUGACUAUUGGCAUAUUGUUCUCCUCUUAA